CUUUCCCUUUGCUGAAUCUGUGUUUUGCAGGACUUGAUGUUGAAAACCAAGCUUAGUCUUGGCUAGCCCCGCAGAAAGUUGCUCUGCAUGCACCAUAGAUAGAUGGUCGGUUGCUAGCUCCUCGCUAUGCCCUGAAUCGAAACGCCUAACGCGAAGGCAUGAUGACAGAGCGCUACCAACCAUCGCGAGCCUCUAAUCACUCCAACAAGGUCUCCGGUAUGAGAGGUGACACAUCCCAACGCUCUAUAAAGCCGACCCGCGCUGCCCUCUAAUGCUUCCAUCUGCACUCUCUUCCUGGCCAACAGCAACAUCCUCGCGCAAAUCAUCAUUAAGAAAAAGAGCGAUAUCACUCUAAAUAUGCCAUCGUAUGCGAUUACAGGCGCCUCCAGAGGCCUUGGUUGGGCAUUCCUAGAAGAAAUCUCCAAUGACUCGAGCAAUACCGUCAUCGGAAUUGUUCGCGACAAGACAGCGACCGACAAGCGAGUAAAGGACGAGUUGAACGGUCGACCCAACAUUACCAUCCUGCAGGCAGAUAUAACCGACUAUGCCGCUUUGAAAAAAGCUGCUGAAGAUACGUCCAAGAUCACGGGCGGCCAUCUCGACUACCUGAUUGCUAAUGCGGCCUUGGUUUCCAAGUACGACGGAUAUGAUGGCAUCGGAACACUCGGAUCGGACCCAGACCAACUCACAGCGCAAUUCAACGCAUACAUGACGACCAACGUGCUCGGCAACAUCCACCUGUACAAUCUCUUCAUGCCGCUGAUACUCGCCGGCGAUGCCAAAAAAGUAACAGCCAUAUCCACUGGCAUGGCUGAUCUCGACCUCGUCAACGAAUUCGCAACGUACAUGGGGCCGCUUUACGCCAUGAGCAAGGCCGCCAUGAACAUGGUCACCGCCAAGUUCAGUGCCCAGUACAAGAAGGAGGGGGUGCUGUUCGUGAGCAUCAGUCCCGGAUUCGUCGACACGGGCAACAACGAUGUGUCUAAUCUGUCGCCCGAGCAGAUGGAGGGUCUGCAGGCCAUGGUGGCGAGCUUCCAGAAGUAUGCUCCUCAUUUCAAGGGCGCGAUUACGCCGCAAGAGUCGGUCAAGGCUGUUUUGGGCGUCAUUGAUAAGUUGAGUCUUGAUCAAGGGCAUGGAGGGGCUUUCUUGUCGCAUCUUGGUACGAAGCAAUGGCUCUGAGCAAACCGUUUGCUAUGCGGAUGGAGGCUGGCUGGAUUGCUCGGCGAAGGGGGAUUAUACACGAGCGAGUGGUUUUGCGAAAUUGACUUAGAUUCUAUUCUGAUAGUACAGUGAGUCUUGGAAUCAUGGACGGAAACGUCUUGCAUGCUUUGUCCAUGCAUUCCCGGUCAUAGACAAGCCAAUUUGCCCG